AUGUCUUGCACUGAUAAAUGCGAUGACCACUGGAGCUAUGACGAUCCAUCAAAAUGGUCGGAGCAUUUUCCGGCUGCCCGUGGUUUGAGCCAGUCGCCGAUUAAUAUCGAGUUGGAUAAAACGGUCGCCCAGUUGUAUCCACCAUUUGUAUUUUCUCCCAACUACAACACGGAUGAAGUGUUGUUUACGCUGACGAACACUGGUCAUCAGGUUGCCGUCACACUGGCUGGAAGCACUAACAAAGAAAAUCAAACAGACCUAUCGUUUACUGGUGGCGGUCUAACAGGAACAUUCCAUUUCGUUAAUUUCCAUUUGCACUGGGGCCAAAAUGAUAGGCAUGGGUCCGAACAUGAAAUUGAGGGGAAAAUAUUUCCAGCCGAAGCACAUUUUGUUCAUAUGAAUUAUGAAACUGAGCAACUGGCAGUAUUCGCAUUCUUUUUCACUGUCGAUGAUCAGUCGGAGAACGAAAAUACUGAAUGGAGAAAGUAUAUUGAUGUCGCGGAUAGGUUGGUUAAUAUCAAUGACACCGCCAAUUGUACGUUUAAUUUAAGUCAACUUAUGCAAACUGAUGGCACAUAUUUUUUUCGUUACAUGGGCAGUUUGACAACGCCGCCGUGCACGGAAGGCGUCAUAUGGACAAUAUUCCCAAGUGAAAUUCCAGUAAAAGAAGAAAGCUUAGAUCUACUUCGCGACAAUAUUAUGCGAAAAGUUUAUCGACCGGUGCAACCAAUAAAUGACCGAAUUGUUUUCCGAAGUUAUCAAGCUUGA